CAGAGCGCAACGACCGACUCACCGACCAACCUCAGCCCGCCUCCAUGCGCCUAGGUCUGGGAUGCUUUUAGCGCAGAGACGCCUCCACUCAGGGCAGCCAGUGGACGUCGACGCAGAUCAUCAACUGUCUUUGCGUUGUUAUUUUUAACCGAGGAUCUUGCCCCAACGACGCCCCCCCCCCCUUUUUUUAAGUGUUUAUGUUUGUUUCUUCAUGACUGCUGCUUUGGGAAGCGAGCCUCAGCACCAGCUCCAGCAACGCCAACACCAUGCGAGCCCAAAUCGAAGUUAUACCAUGCAAAAUCUGCGGAGACAAAUCAUCAGGUAUCCACUAUGGAGUCAUAACAUGCGAGGGAUGUAAGGGUUUCUUCAGACGGAGUCAGCAGAACAAUGCAUCCUACUCCUGCCCCCGCCAGAGGAACUGCCUCAUCGACAGAACAAACCGCAACCGCUGCCAACACUGCCGCCUGCAGAAAUGUCUUGCCCUAGGAAUGUCUAGAGAUGCGGUAAAAUUUGGCCGCAUGUCCAAGAAGCAACGUGACAGUCUGUACGCAGAGGUCCAGAAGCACCAGGCACGACUGCAGGAGCAGCGGCAGCAGCAGACAGGUGAAGCAGAAGCUCUGGCACGUGUUUACUCAUCCAGCUUAACCAACGGACUGUCCACCCUUAACCAUGAGAUUGGGGGCACCUACGCCAAUGGGCAUGUCAUUGAGCUGCCAAAGGGUGGCCAUGGCAAUGGAGCUGGAGUCCCAGGAGGAUAUUAUGGGAUGGAUUCCACCCAGCCGUCUCCAGACCAGUCGGGUUUGGACAUGUCAGGCAUGAAGCACAUUAAGCAGGAGCCGGUGUAUGACCUGACGCCAGUACCCAACCUGUUCAGCUACGGAGGCUACCAGGACAGUCAACUGGGACCCAAUAACGUCAGCAUGGGAGAGCUCGACCGUAUUGCUCAGAAUAUCAUCAAGUCCCACCUGGAGACAUGUCAGUACACGACAGAGGAGCUGCAGCAGCUAGCCUGGCAGACACACUCCUAUGAAGAGGUCAAGAUGUACCAGAGCAAGCCCCGGGACGUGCUGUGGCAGCAGUGUGCCAUUCAGAUCACCCAUGCAAUCCAGUACGUGGUGGAGUUCGCCAAGCGCAUCUCAGGGUUCAUGGAACUGUGCCAGAAUGACCAGAUCCUCCUGCUCAAGUCAGGUUGUUUGGAGGUAGUCUUGGUAAGGAUGUGCAGGGCAUUCAACCCUCUCAACAACACCGUGCUCUUUGAAGGGAAAUACGGAGGCAUGCAGAUGUUCAAAGCUCUAGGUUGUGAUGACUUAGUGAGUGCAGUGUUUGACUUUGCCAAGAGUUUGUGUUCACUGCAGCUGACAGAGGAGGAGAUCGCUCUGUUCUCCGCAGCUGUACUCAUUUCCACAGAUCGGCCAUGGCUAAUGGAGCCCCGGAAAGUCCAGAAGCUCCAGGAGAAGAUCUACUUUGCUCUGCAGCACAUUAUGCAGAAGAACCACAUGGAUGAAGACGCAUUGGCUAAGUUGAUCAGCCGUAUUCCAACGUUGUCAGCCCUGUGUACGCUCCACACCGAGGAGCUCCAGGCCUUCCAGCAGCUCCACCCAGAAACAGUCAACGUCCUCUUCCCUCCACUCUACAAAGAACUCUUCAAUCCCGACCCCAACUCUGCCAUGGCCAUGCCCAAGUGACUGCCUGUGGUCCCACUGCAACAAACAGAGUCAGUGGAAGACCAAGAAAAUAAGACAACCACGGCGUCUGACAGGACGACAGCGGUGGUGUCGACUAUGUCAUCGUCAUGGCAACCACAUACUCCAGAGCUACCCCAGUCUCAUUUCAGACUGGGGGGUGAGGAGUCAUCUGCCAGAAACUUACAGUUACCGCCAACAAUACUAGGAAUGUCCAGCACUUAUCCCAUCCUGUUCACCGAUACAGUCUGAAGAAUGUAUAUAUAAAUGAAACGCGCCCCAAGCCACAACCUGAGCGGGGCUUCCUCCUGUCUCCUGAACUGAACUGACUGACCAGAAAUGUACAGACUUUAAAAAAAAAAAACUAGGAACAAUUUUAAGCUGUCAAUCUUUAAAAAAAAUGGGUAAGUUAAUUUGUUUUAACUUUGAAAAAAAUCUUUUCGUUUGUUUGAUUUUUUUUUUUCACAUGAUGAAGUUGUGAAGAUGAAGAGGCUGGAUGGGGGAGGGAACUGUGGAUUUAGCGAAGCUAUUGUAGAUAUUCUUCUAGUGCAGAGCGGAUUCCAGUAUUACUUCUUGUUCUGUUAAAAUAAGUUAGUCCUAAUUUAAAUAUACAUCAGUCCACUGCGGCUGACUAUACCUUGUCUAUGUGUUUUUAUUUUAUUUGAUAGUUUCUUGUGUACAGAAUUUGUAAAGUUGAGACUUGUAAAAGACUAUUGGGUAAAAACAGGAGUCGAUUCGGGUUUGUUGAUAAUAUAGAAGCCUUGUCUGGAUUUUGUUCAUAUGUAAAGAAGGUACUGCAUCCUUCUGAUGAGAACUUAUAGAAAUGUAAAGAGAGCAUAUGAAGGAUUUUAAAAGAAAAUAAUGGCUACUACUUUUCAAGGUGAAGAUGUAUACAUAAAUAUUCUAUUUUGCAAGAAAAAGAAUUGGGCAGAUUUGCCGUCCUAUUAAUCUUUUUUUUGUCGCUGCAAUAAUGAUGUCCAAUAAAAGCUGGACCGCUUUUGAACAAUCAACCAGAAACAACAAUCAGAAACUAGGACCUCACAAUAAACCCAACCCCUUCCCAAAUUCCCCUCACCUUGCCCCUUAUUUCCUUAUGUAUUUGGGCCUUGAGAUUUCGGCAGACAUAAGUGAAUAGAAAUUCCACUAAAUAGAUAAAAUCAAAAAACUGAAAACAAACUUGAAUUUAACUUACAACUUUCCAAUCUUCAAAGACCUGUAUGAGUGCUCUAUGCCCUCAUCCCUCCCAUCACUAUUUGCACAAUCCAGUCCAUGGAUGUCAAUCACUCCAGGCUAUGAAUAUGAAGGACCCUUUUUCUCUAAAGAGCAAUAACUUUCAUACUGCCUUUCUGAUCUUAAUCCUCUCCUUUCCUAUUUUUCAGCUGUUCAAAACAGGGUAGCAAUUUUAACUAGAAUGCACUAAUUGAAUAAUCUCUGCUAAUCAUCUCUACAGAUGGCACUCAUUCCGUGUUUCUUAUAUGACGCGAUAUGAUCUGGGGUUAGGACAUACACAGAGCACUGAUUUCCACAUGUGAAAAAAACCAUAGAUUAGCCUCUGAUGAUCUAUAACAACAUGUAAAAACUGCAAUAUUACAUUAACAAUCAAUUCAUACAGGAAAACUGUGAUAGACAAUCAAUUUGUUUGUUCUUUGUUAGUCAUUUCAUAUUUAUUAGCACUUACAGAGAGAAAUUUAAAUGUUUUUUCUACCUUUAUGUUACACUGAUUAGCAUUUGGCCACUGUGUAAAAUCAUACCGCUUUUACUGGGCAUUUAUUUCAUCUGAUUAUGUCACAAUCUGCAUUAUUUUUGUUAAGAGAUCUAUGAUUUGAGUUUUAGCAAGUCUUAAAGUACAACUGAAGAGCUUCCUUUAAAAAUGAGCUAUUUACCAAAAUAACACCUUACACUCUAGAAAAAAACACAACAUUAAUCAAGCUGUUACCUUAUUACUUGACAAAAAUGAUCAUUUUACUGAGUGGAUUUGGUUUAAGCCUAACAUCACACAUUAACACACACAACAUUAAAUAGAUGUGAGCAUGUGUGAUCUUAUAGUUUACUGCAGAGGGACAGCACUUACUUUUACCUCAGAUUGAACUACUAUGAUUAUAUUUCUGAACUUUAGUUUUAUUUAUGCACAAAAACUGAAGACAUUACACAAUGGCCAAAUCUUCAACUUGCCAUAUGCAUAGACACAGACUACUUAUGCAUUUCUUAACAUUAAAAAAAACACUUUUCAGUUUACAUUUUCAUCUUAACGUACAUGUUUUUCUCCAUGUGGUGAACAAAACUACGUUGAUAGCACAGGAAUGAGCAUCAGAUCUAUCAAAUUAGUGCUCUGCUCUACAUCCAAGUCAGGUCACUGCUACCUCUCAGUGAUCAACUCACAGGUUCCUCCAAAGCCCGGGAUCCUUGUUUCAACCCCUGAUCCUACCCCAGAUCGGAGGCCAGUGACUCUUUAAGACAAUCACUUGCUCAUUAAGGCUUGAUGCACUACACAGCAUCUCUCAGGGAGCAGCUCUUUUUCUGACUUUGCAUUUAAUAUUUUUGCAAAUUUACAAAAAUGUAAUUAUAAAAGAAUUACUUUUUGAGAUAAAAAAAAAAAUGGCAUAUGCCACCAACGUAUGCUGGCAAUGGAAUCUGCCCAGACAAGGCUUUGAUAAGUGUGUGUCUGUGUGUAUGUAUGUGUGUAUAGAGCAUGAAUUCACUGUCCAAAUCUCUUUAGUGCCCAGACUAUAUGACAAGCAUUAUUACGUAGCACAAGAAGAAACAAAAAACAAAAAAAAAAUAUAUUCUCUAUAUCAGUGUGCUCGUCACCACUGUACACUCAUGUUUACGACUUAUUUUGCUGCUUUCGGGACAGUGUGGGAAGUCCACUAGUAAGCUGUGAAUCAAGCGCCAUCACAACACCCCUGGGACAGUGAAUUCCAACUCUGAAAAUGAAGUUUUUGUGUGUGAUGUUUUUAUUUUCCCUUGUUAGACUGUGAAACAGAGGGGUGGGAUGGGGUUGUGAGAGGGGAUGUGCUGGCAAGAGCGAGUGGCAACGCAACACUGUAAGUAAGAUACUGUAGCAAUAAGAACUGGAGGCAUUUACUACUGUCAUGUUUGCAUUGUAAGAUUAUUUUUUAUUUUAUUACUAUUUACUAUUAUUAUUGUUCUUAUUAUGACUACUAUUCUUCUAUUACUAUUAGCCUAUUGUUGUUCUGUUCUAUUUGCAUGACGUUUCAUUGCAAUGAAACAUUUGGGGCUUAUUUGUGUUUUCUCUUCUCAUGAUAUUGUGGGUUUUCGUGGGUGGGAUUAUUGGCAGGGUGGACGAUGGGGUUAGGGCAAAUUCCACAUCAAUUCAGUCAAUUCAAAGCUAAUUUUUUUCACAAUCUGAAAGACUUUUUAAAUAAAAUGUUCUUAUUUAUACACAAUCAAUUUAUAUAGUCAAAUAUGUUGUUCAAAUUGAAAUGUCUGAUUUUUUUUUUGCAACCUUUGAAUGUGUGAAUUGGUUAUACCAGUCAGUGAACGGCCCUUUCUGAACUGGCCUUAUUGAACCGGAUCAGAGACCCUUAACCUGCGGCGGGAGGGAGGGAACGAUGUGGGGAGGGUAAUCUAUUCUGAAUGUUAUGGAGUAGCCUGUUCAGUGUGAGGGGCUGAACGCAUCAUGCGCCUUUACCACUCCAUCAACACAGACUGACACCGCAGAGCGCACAAUAAAAAGCAGUCGUCAUUCUAUGUGAUGGCUCUGACAAAUCUGCGCAUACAUUUUUAAUACACUUGGUUUGAAAUGCAUUUCCUACACUUAGUCAGAUACACUCCACCCCAAACCUCCUUCUCCCUUUCCUGAGAAAACCUGUACGAGCAUGUAUGUGUGUGUGUGUGUGUGUGUGUGUGUGUGUGUGUGUGAGAGAGAGAGAGAGACAGAGAAACAAUGAGAGUGAGAUGAUGUUUGCUCUACCAAUGCUUUGUAAACUUUCUUGAUGCAUUACACAUGCGUGCAAUUGAAGUAGUGUUGACAAUUGUUAAUUUAUUGUUUAGAAUGUCUUUGCGUCCCAGCAAGAGCAAAUAAAACAAAAUGUAGCAAUCUGUAACCGAAAAUCUAAAAGGUACUCGGGCUACAGAACCUCUUUUACACAGGACUAACAAAACAAAAAAAAUACAAGAAAAAAAAAAAAAAAAGAUGGAAACUUUUUUUUUGUUUUCAAAGUGCCAUAGCUAGUGAGGAGAGGAAGGAUUGGCAGAGUGGGGCAUAGAUGCUUUACUGUGUGAGUUUACUUGAGAAACCAAUCAAAAAGGGGAACUCCAAGGAACCGUUUUUACAUUUUAUGCUUUUUUCAUUUUGGUGAGAGGGGACUCUGCCAGACUCUGAACUCUGACUCUACUAUCAUUUCAUGAGCCGUACUAUGCGAACGGUUUUCAUUUUCACACGAGAAUGAAAGUGUGUGGGUCUGUGUGCAUGCUUGCAUUUGCAUUGAAGAAAGCCACAAACACCCACAUGUGAUGGAUCAGAAUGGGUUGAAGUUCAGAGCUAUGCAGGGCCUUUACCGAGUCCUCCUUUGAGAUGUAUAUACCAUGUGAAGGUCUGAAGUGAUUUUUGUUAAAUUCUAUAUUUUAUCGCUUUUGUAGACAUUUUGUUGUGGGAAGAAAACAAAAUAAAAGACAUUUUAUGGGUGCA